CAGACUUCUGGCCCUUCAAUCUGCCGCUAAGUCAAAAAACAUCAACGAUGGCGACUAUCGAGGAGAGGAUCCAGGCUGCUGUGACCGCAUUGGAUAUCCCGGGGGUUGUCCUUGUGGCAAGCGAGGCUACAGGCAAAUUCUACUACUCUAAUGCCAUCGGCGCCAGCUCUCUCAGGCCCGGCGGCGAGCCCUUGCAUCUGGACUCGGUCAUGUGGCUAGCCUCCUCUACGAAGAUCAUGACCUCUAUUGCAGCCUUACAAUGCGUGGAGCGCGGUCAAUUUACUCUCGACGAGGAUGUCACCUGCCUGCUCCCCGAACUGAAAGAUAUCGAGAUCCUCAAGGGCUUUGAGCCCGGUACUCAGAAGCCAAUCCUCGUCAAAGCUACGAAGAAGAUCACCCUACGCCACCUCCUCAGUCACACGUCCGGGUUGGCAUAUGAUAUCUUCACCCCUAUCCUGCAACGCUGGCGCAAGUCCCGUGGCGAGGAAACGCACUUCACCAGUGGAUCCCUCAUCUACCGCUGCAGCGUCCCGCUCCUCUUCGAGCCAGGCGAGCUCUGGUCUUAUUCCCCCGGGCUCGACUGGGCCGGGCUGAUGAUCGAGCGCGCCAACCACACAACUCUGGAGGACUACAUGCAGCAGCACAUCUGGGGCCCGCUCUCCAUCACCAACAUCAGCUUCCGGCCCAGCCAGCGCCCCGGCAUGCUCAGCCGGCUCUGCGAGAUGAGCGAGCGACAAGGCGGCAUCAACCGAUUCGGCACGCCCCUCGAGCCAUCGACGCGCGUGACGGCCAGCGCGGAGACCGUGUGGGACGUGGACAUGCCGGAGGACUGCGGCGGGGCGGGAGCCUACGGGAGCCUCGUGGGGUUCCAGAAGAUCCUGCACGCGCUGGCGGCGGGGGACGAGCGGCUCCUGGGAGCGGAGAUGCGGGACGAGCUGUUCCGGCCGCAGCUGAGCGACACGGCGCAGGCGCAUUUCUCGCAGCUGCGGAAGUUCAAGGAGCUGAAUGAUAUCUACGGCGUGACGCGCGACGACCGGGUGGGCCACGCGCUCGGGGGCGUGGUGAUGUUGGAGGAUAUGGAGGGCAGGAGGAGGAAGGGCACGCUGAGUUGGCAGGGCAUGCCGAAUGUGUAUUGGUGGGUGGAUAGGGCGGCGGGGAUGAGUGGUGUCUAUGGAUCUCAAGUCAUACCGACGGGGGAUCCGAAGAGUCUGGCACUGUUUUGGGACUUUGAGAGGGCCAUGUAUGAGAAGGCUGAGAAGGCCCGGGAGGAGACGGAGUCUAUUGAUGGGGGAUUGGAAUAAGAGGGCGGGGGGUUGGGGGGUUGGGGGGAGGUGUUGUGGGAAUUG